AGAGUUUGAAGAAGAAAAUCCCAAAAGGUGCUAACUUUUCCCAAUCUCCAUUUGCUUCUCCACCACUUUGGACUCUGUAAAUGGCAAUUUCCAUCUCUUCAAUCCUUUUCUCCAUGCAACUUGGAACCACGAAUUACACCGGCUAAGCACAAAUAACAGAGUGUAUUACAUACUCCCUUCUCUGCUCCUUCUUCAACCUUACAUACCUGCCCAGUUUAUCGACAAACUAUCUCGUUCCAUCUGCCUCACUUCUCCAAUGGCGGCCUUAUCAAUUGGGUCUCACCUGUCUUCUUCCCGCGAGCCGAGGAGACGGGCAUUUUCCUACCCACCUCCAGUUUCCUUACCCUCUAUCCAAUCCUUCCCUAGCUCGAGGUCGUCUCUGUGUAAAAUCAGAGGGCCAAGGUUGCUCCGACAUGGGAUUCUUGCUAGAGCUGAGAACGAGGCAAAAGGCUCUUCUUCUCCUCUUCCAUCUCGUCAAUCGACCAAUGAGAAGCAACUCCAGGAGUUGACAUCAUCAUCUGGAUCAUGUGAUCCUUUAUGUUCAGUUGAUGAAACGAGCUCAAGCGAUUUUGAAGCCAAUUACCAGCCAAAGACUGAUUUAGUGAAAGCUAUAGCUAUUUUUGCGGCUGCUGCUACAGGGACAGUGGCAAUUAACCAUUCCUGGGUUGCUGCCAAUCAGGAUCUUGCCAUGGCAUUAUUGUUUGGAAUAGGGUAUGCAGGAAUCAUCUUUGAAGAGUCUCUAGCCUUCAAUAAAAGUGGAGUAGGAUUAUUGAUGGCUGUAAGCUUGUGGGUAGUGCGAAGCAUUGGGGCUCCUUCAACUGAUAUUGCUGUUUCGGAGUUGACACAUGCAUCUGCAGAAGUUAGUGAAAUAGUUUUUUUCUUGCUUGGUGCAAUGACUAUUGUUGAGAUUGUUGAUGCCCAUCAAGGGUUUAAGCUGGUUACAGACAAUAUAACCACUCGAAAACCAAGGACUCUAUUAUGGGUGGUUGGCUUUAUAACUUUCUUCCUCAGUUCAGUACUGGACAACUUGACUUCUACAAUCGUCAUGGUUUCUUUACUGAGGAAGCUAGUUCCUCCAUCAGAAUACCGCAAGAUUUUAGGAGCUGUAGUUGUGAUUGCAGCAAAUGCUGGUGGUGCAUGGACUCCGAUUGGUGAUGUCACCACCACUAUGUUAUGGAUUCAUGGCCAGAUAUCCACUUUGCCAACAAUGAAGGACUUGAUUGUACCAUCUGCUGUUUCUCUUGCUGUCCCACUGGCUCUUAUGUCCUUGACUAGUGAAGUCAAUGGCAAGGGACAGGACUCUGGCGAUGUUUUGGCAUCUGAACAGAUGGCACCUCGAGGACAGCUUGUCUUCUCUGUGGGUAUUGGAGCACUGAUUUUUGUUCCGGUGUUCAAGGCCCUCACUGGAUUGCCUCCUUACAUGGGCAUGCUGCUAGGACUCGGUGUACUUUGGAUUCUGACAGAUGCUAUCCAUUAUGGUGAAUCAGAAAGGCAAAAGUUGAAAGUACCACAGGCUUUAUCUCGGAUUGACACUCAAGGAGCUCUGUUCUUCCUCGGAAUCUUGUUGUCUGUCAGCAGUCUGGAGGCAGCAGGGAUUCUCCGGGAAUUAGCAAAUUAUCUCGAUGCUCAUAUUCCCAACACGGAACUAAUUGCAAGUGCUGUGGGGGUUGUAUCAGCAAUUAUAGACAAUGUUCCAUUGGUUGCAGCAACAAUGGGCAUGUAUGAUCUCACCUCUUUUCCUCAAGAUUCUGAAUUUUGGCAAUUGAUUGCAUAUUGUGCUGGCACCGGUGGCUCCAUGUUAGUUAUUGGCUCUGCAGCUGGAGUUGCUUUUAUGGGAAUGGAGAAAGUAGACUUCUUUUGGUAUCUGCGGAAGUAAGUCUGCCAUCGAUAACACACUUCCAAAUGAAAUACCUAU